AUGAUGUGUCCGAGAAGUGCUCAGUUACAACGCCGGCAUUUAACAAAUCGAACGACAUCAUUAUUUGCGGCCGCAGAAAACGGCGACACUGUUACAGUUCAACGUCUCCUUACAACAGCCGUAGCAGAUCCUGAUGAGCAGGACGAAAGAGGCUGGACGCCACUCUCGUGGGCCGCGUGGAUGGGCCAUGUGGACAUCGUACGUCUACUGGUCGCCAGCCACAAAGUGAAUCCAGAUAAGAGAGACUAUUUCUUCGGACGGUCGCCAUUGUCAUGGGCAGCAGCGAGAGGGCACCUUUCAAUAGUGCAGAUACUAUUGGCACGGCCUAGAAUACAUUCGGAUUCAAAGGACAUUGACGGACGCUCCCCGCUAUCCUGGGCCGCAGGACAGGGUCAUGUGGAUGUAGUGAUGCAACUGCUGGCAGAAAAGGAUGUUCAUGUCGAUUCUAGGGACGAUGAGGGCCAAACUCCGUUAUCAUGGGCUGCAGAAAAUGGACACUCUAGUGUGGUGGCGCUGCUGCUUGAGAACCCAGUAAUUGACCCUAACUCGAGGGGAUGGACACCGCUGGCCUGGGCGGCCUGGCUAGGACAUGAGUCGGUGGUGCAAGUACUGCUUGGAGAUAGCAGGGUUCAGCCUGACACCAAGGACUACUCCUGCGGAUGGACUCCUCUGUCUUUAGCAGCGCAAGAGGGUUACUGCGGUAUAGUCCAGCAGCUCCUCGCAAAGGGUGAUGCGGUCGAUGCGCACUCGAGAGAUGUCGGCGGGCGGACUGCACUAUGCUGGGCGGCAGAGCGUAACCAUCAGAUAUUGAUCAAUAUAUUUUCCGAUAGAGAAAAGUGUCAUCCUACAAAUCAGAACUUGUAG